UCUUCAUUAACGCCCAACUGCCAAAGAAUCCUUGAUCACAGUCUAGCAGACUUACUUUGAAUUAUUGAUGAUGGAUGGCCAUACAAAAAGGAAGCAAUUGUACUGAGAGUUGAGAGACAGACUAGCAGACUUUCUUCGCUCAAAGAUUAUCAAGAUCAGUUAGUAAUGGAGAACUCAGUAAUGAAAGAGGAAGUAGUGAUAGUUGGAGGUGGAGUUGCAGGUCUAGCAACAGCAUUAGCACUUAAGAGAGUUGGAAUUAAGAGUUUGGUGUUAGAGAAAGCAAAUGAGCUGAGAGUUACUGGUGCUGCUCUAGCUCUAUUCUCAAAUGCUUGGAUAGCUCUUGAAUCACUUGGUGUUGCUCACAAACUUAAUCCUUUCUACAAACCUUUUGAAAAGGUAAAAGUUACUAAUGUUGCAAAUGGAGUUACCCAAGAGACUAAUUUUCAUAAACAAGGGGAGGAGGGGCUGGCAAUUGGACCUAGAGCUGUACACAGAAAAGCCUUACUUGAAGCUCUACUAGAAGAAUUGCCAAUCGACACUGUCCGUUUUUCGUCAAAGCUUCGCUCGAUUGAGAAAACAAAAAUACGUCAAGAUAAUGAUUCAUUCGGGGUGAUCGUAUAUUUAGAAGAUGGGACAACCAUUCAUACCAAGGUUUUAAUAGGGUGUGAUGGGGUGCACUCAGUGGUGUCAAAGUGGUUAGGGCUCAAAGAUCCGGUUCACUCAGGAAGAUGUGCAGUGCGUGGAUUGGGAGUGUUUCCAGAAGGUCAUGGACUAAAGCACGAAGCUCAACAAUUUGUAGAUAGAGGUCGUAGGUUUGGCAUUGCUCCUAUUAACAAUGAAGACGUUUAUUGGUUCGUGGCUUAUCAAUCCAUCCCUAAUAAAGAUGAAGAAAUGGCUAAAGGAGACCCAAAAGUCAUACAAAAGAUUAUAUUGGAGAGUGUUUCUGGUUCCCCGCAAGUAGUAAAAGAUGUAAUACAGCAAUCUGAGAUGCAAAGUUUAUCAUGGGCACCAUUAUUAUUUAGAUACCCAUGGGAUGUUAUAUUUGGACGUCUAUCUGACGGUACUGUAACCGUAGCAGGUGAUGCAAUGCAUCCUAUGACACCAGAUUUAGGUCAAGGUGGUUGUGCAUCACUAGAGGAUGCUGUGAUAUUAGGUCGCCAUAUAGGAAACUCGUAUAUCAGAAAUGGUGGAAUGAUAUCACAAGAAGACUUGGAGGUUGAGAUACAAAUGUAUGUUAAAGAGAGGAGAUGGAGAACUGCUGGUUUAAUUACAGCUUCAUAUCUUUCUGGGUGGGUGCAACAAAGUGGUGGUGGUGGUAUAGGAUCCUCCUCGAGAAGAGUUGGAUGGUUGAUGAAGUUUCUUCGUGAUUCAAUAUUUUAUAAGAUUAUCUUUCGCCGACUCGGUAGUUUUCUACAUUAUGAUUGCGGCAAGUUACCUACUGGAUCAGCUUAAUUCAUUUGGAGUUGUUGGUAUGAUGAGAAUUACCAGCAAUUUUGGUUACUAGUGUGGCACCAGCAAUACGAGCAUUAAAAUAUAUCUCGGUUUUUCAUUUGUAUUUGAAAUCCUUCUACUGCAUAUUUGGUUUGUAACUAGCUGAGGUCAGUAGAAUGUUGAGUUGCAUAAGGAAUAAGAUUUGCAUUUAUAAUAUAAAGAAGGAAGAGUUUUUCUGAGGUACUUCCGUACUUGUACACUUAUAUACAUAGCUGCAAGCCUGCAAUCUUUGGCAAUAGAACUAUUCCUGUUUCCGUUUGUUAGGUAAAGCUAGAUGAU